AUGGCUGGCACACACGGGGGAUCACGAGCACCUGCAUCCCCGGCACAUGGUGAGAAUCCGGGGGCUGCAAGUGGCGGACGAAAGCGACCUGCCACUGACGAUGAGGGGGAGGAGCAACCAUUGACACUCAAUACACUCCUCGCAGCCUUAAAGGAAAAUCGUGAGGAGAUUGUCGCCAAAGUCCGUGAAGACAUCGAUGCGAUCAACACUCGUAUGACCACGGUGGAAGUUACAGUCGACACACACGUGACCAAUACCACAAAACUAUUAGAGGCGAUGACCGAUCGUCACUGUGUGAUGGAGCAGAGUGUCCGGAAUGUUGAUGAGCGGCAGAAGAGUGUGCUGGAACGACUGGAACUUCUUGAAGGAAAAUUCGCCAAAGCCAACUUCUCUAUGUCGAGUACCAGAACUUCCGAGACUGACGGGGGAAACCCCCGUCCUGCCCUGGUGGUAGGAGGCUGGAAUGCUGACCAGCACCAUGAAGAAACCUUGCAGUUGGUAAAGCAGCACUUGCACGACUUGAACGUCAACCUCGACACCAGCCAGGCUUUUGUCCCAGGGCUCAGGAGGGGAUUCGCCCUCGUUCCCCUAAACAAGCUUGAGGGGGAAAGCGAUUCUGAACAGCGAGCUCGUGUACAAGAAGUACUCAGGACUAUUCGGGCAGCCAAGAUCGUGACAGGCCAAAGACCCGAAGGGGGACACCGCUACUUCUUCGCAGCACUCAGCCAGAGUCCCGAACGUCGCAAGAAGGCCCAACUCGCUGGCAAAGUGAAAAGGUUGAUCAUAGAAGAAGGUGGCGACGUGCGCAAGAUCGACGUGGAGUACGGCACAGCCAAUCUAUGGUACAACAGUGUGAAAGUUGCAUCGGGGGUUACCUCAGCUCCAGACGGUGCAUCAGUGGAAAAAGCUGGUUGGGUACACCUUGGCACAGUGGCACGACAGAUCGGGAUCUCCGAAGAAGCUGCGACCUCCAAAUGGGGGGAACUUCGGAAAGCCCUGCAGCCCUCGCAGACAGUGCAUGUGAUAAGCUGGAAUGUCGGGGGACUCACCUCUGCCAAAGCACUGGAAGUCAUCCUAGCCCUCCGGCGACACGGAAUUCAACCAUUUUGCGACUCCCUGAUCGUGUUCCUCCAAGAGAUCAUAUGUGAAGGGGGGAAGUACCAUGCCGCCUUGGAUGAGCUGCAGAUGGUCUUCGGAAAACGAACUGAGGACUGGAGAGGCAAUGCCAUCAUGCAUACCUCGAACCUGCGGCACACCCGGGGAAAACUUUUGCCUUGCUCGAUUUCUUGCACUUUGAGUUCAGAUACUCUCCGUUUGGGAGCUUUUUCUAUACACAUACCACAUCAUGCCACACUCUCAGCUACUGAGCAGAUUCUCCAAGAGCUUCAUGCCCACUUGCAGUCACAUGGCCGAGCAGUCAUAGGUAUUGAUGCCAAUGAGACCUUCGAGCCCGCGAGACAACAGAGACAAGUCAAGGCAUGCACGGCACGGGGGGAAUUGUUGCUUGAGUGGUUCGAAGAAGAGGGAUGCCAUUUUCCAGAACAGCAGCUGCAUGAGCCAAGCCAUUUUCCCUACAAUACGGCCUUUGAACCGCGCAGACUAGACUAUGUGUUGGCAAAGAAACUCCUGUUCGAUUCCGGAAAAGUACUUGCUCAGAGGGACAUUGCCACUUCAGACCACGAGCCGAUCUCCGUCCCCUUGACCCAGAUCCGCAUCGACGAGGCCAACAAGGGGGAAAAGGCGGCACCAUGGUCCUCCCGAACAUUACGACCUGGGGCUGUAGUGGAUGCAAUCUUGGAUCACCAAGCCAAGACCGGGGGUGACCCCGUCACCCAAAUCCAGGAAGUCGCUGUGGCCAUCAGCAAACCAGGCAAGAACAAGCUACCCUUUAAAGAAUCUGAUGCCCUUCGAGCUCUUCGUCGACAAGCCCUUCACGCAGUGCCAGGGGAAGACAGACGACGACUCUGGAAAACAGCGCGAAAGAUGCACCAGUCCGAGCACAGAAAAUGGCAACAAUUAGCGAUGCAACGGGUAGCUGAACUGGAUUGGGGGAUGAAGAAGGCCCUCGUGGAGCAGAGCCGCGAUCACUCUUGGGAGCUGAAACUCACCGACAGUAACCAGUGGAAACAAGAGCUCAAGGACCAUUUCGAGAAGAUCUUCCAUCGGCAAAAGCAAGUCGUGGUCACGGCGAAAAUCCGGGGGAUCAUGAACAAGCUGGAGCACAAAUGUAAGAACACGAGAUGGAUGCCCUUCAUCUUGGAAGACCUCUACGAGAUCAAAGUGAAGUGGAAGAAUGGAAGGUCUUGUGGGCCAGACCGGGUAUCACACGAAGCCCUCAAAGCCAUGCUCCCACAUCCAAUCUGGGGGAACCGCCUUCUCGCCCUCUUCAACGACAUGCUGUACACAUGCCGUAUCGUCGAGAGCAUCGAGGCAGGGGCCACCAUCUUACUGGCGAAAACCACACAGCCACAGGACUGGAGCGAAAGAAGACCUAUAACUUUGAGUUCAGUGCUCCUCAAGACCUUCGGCCAGCUCCUUCUACAGAGAGCCGGGGAAGCGAUCCAGGCCCCCGCCAGACUACAAUGGUGCAGGCGGGGGAGACAAGGAAUCGAAUUAAUCCUUAUCCUUCGUCGACUAGCACGAGUCGCACGUGACUGGGGACUCGAGUUCUACAUCGCAAAACUGGACAUCCGAAAAGCCUUCGACUCGAUCUUCCAGGAGAGCCUCGCCGAACAUGUUUGCCAGGCAGUCGGGGAGGAUGCCAACCUGUCGCCGGGGAAAGCAUCCCGAUCCAACAAAGCAACGGGGUCCGACAAGGAGCACCAGAAAGCCCUGUGGCUUUCGGCUCCGUCGUUGCCAAAGACCUUGAUGCUGCCAUCGGGGAAGCAAAGAGCUCCAAACCGACGACCGACGCAACCCCCCCCGGAAGACGGGGGAAGCUACAUGGACGACAACUACAUUUGGUCCACAUUCAAGAAACAUUUCCAGCACAUGCUCACCGCCCUGGGGGACAAGCUGCCCGGCCGCGGCCUCUACCUGCACCCUGGAAAAACCGACAUCAUCAGUACCGGGGAAAAAGAAGUCCAUUUCCAGGUGGCGGGUGAGAGAGUGGCAACCAAAGGACCCAAGCACGUCUUUCAUGUGCUGGGGAGUCCCCUCUCCUUCCAAGGGGGAACCGCCAUGCUGCUAGCAGAAGCCCAAAGCAGAGCUCGCAAAGCUUUCUGGGCACCGCGACUCCUUCACCUCGGCGGCUACUAUCCGGCAAAAGCUGCAAAUUCACGUCGUACUCGUGCGACAGAGUGCACUAUGGGCCUGCCAGACAUGGCCUUGCCAUAG